AUCAUCACUAUUGUGAACCUAAUAAUACAUAUUAUACAGACAAUAAAGUGUCAAAUGAAAAUGAAAAUAAUAUUUCUAUAGAAGAAAAAGAUGGUGAUGCUUUUCUAAUUGAAUUAUAUAGAGAACGUCCAUUUCUGUACAAUAAAGGACACAAAGAUUUUAAAAAUAUAAUAAUUAAAGAUAAUGCUUGGAAAGAAAUUUCUAAAAUAAUGCAAAAUAAAAAUUAUGGCAACUUUUAUACACCUGAUUAUUGUCAAACUAGAUGCACAUCUCUUAGAAAUCAAUAUAAUCGUGAGAAACGAAUAAUAGAUAGUCAAUAUAAGAGUGGAAGUGGUGCUUCAACUCAUAAACCCUUCACAUAUACGCAAUUAUCUUUUCUUGACAAUUAUAUCAAGAGACGAAGAACAUGCAGUAAUAUAAAAGCAAAUAAAACUUCAACAUCUACAUCAUCUUUAGAACUAUCAACAGAAAUUCCACACAAUCUAGUUCGAAUGAAGUAUUUGAUACCAAAGAAAAUCAAGUCAUUCUAUGCACGAAACAGAAGAUAA